CCAACAAAUCUAAUUGAUCGAUGGUUUGACGCUUUAUUCUCGAGACUGCCAGCCACAAGACCACACUAAAAGGAUAUGACUUUACAUGAGCUAAACACCGAAGGGCAUUAUUCGUCAGAGCAGUCCGCCCUCUUGUCUCCCUCCGCCACCGUCUUCCUCUUAGUGCGCGGACGUUGACGUGAAGGUGCACACAUUCAGAGUCCCGCUCUUGGGGAGAAAUUGAGGAACGCUUGAGGUCUCUUAACGCCGUCGAAGUCCAUUUUGCAGUUUCAACGAGUCGUCUCGACAUUUUUGUUGCAGUUGCUUCGAAAAGACAGUAAAAUGGAUCCAAUGAAUCAGUCCGCCCAGAUAUCAUCGUCGCAAGGGUUCGCCGACGGUCAGAAUUCUGCUACCAAAGAACCAAAGCUAUCCGAUUCCUUUCUUUCCUCCUCGCCUGUAUCUCUCAUUCAGUCUCCUCAAGACCGACGGGGGGUUCUGGGGUCUGAUAAACCCUGUGAAUCUGUAGCAACAUCUCUUCGGUUUCCCCCUCAACCAGGGUCUAUUUCCCACAAUGCUGGGAGUGAAGUGGGGUCACCUAAUAUGCAACCGGAUUCCCCAAUAAAGCUAUCACCCGUUUCUGAGCGGAUAAAGGCACUAGAAGCGCUUGCAGCCAAAACGAAGGAGCCUGACUUUCGUAGCGAUGGAAGCUACUGUCAUUUCAGGGACAGGCAUUAUGAUAAGUCUCCCACCGAGGCCGAAAAGUCACCAAUAACUCCAAAGUUCAUUUCUGAGAGUAAAAAGAUUUUUAACGAGACAAAAAAUGUUGCUUUUGAGACAAAAGUACAACCGGAUAAACCGAAAGCAUGUGCUAAUCAGGAUCCAGACUCACCAGAAUCUCCAUUUGAGGUACUUGGAGAUUUGAAGCAGGGUAGUGAUUUUGAGGAAACUGAACAGUGGCUGAAGACCUAUGCACCUCCAGCUCCGGAUUUUGCUGCUGAGGAUUCAACUUCAGGUUUCCAGGCUUCAGUUGCAGUCCCAAAGAAAGAGGUCCAACGUGGACCCAUUCCUGUUGAGCCUGCUUUUUUGGCCAAUGUCCCAGAAGCUUAUAUGGAUUCCCCUGAUGUCAACGAUGAAAAAGAGGUCAACAAAGAAGAAGAUGAAGAGGAAUCAGAUUUUGACCUUAGCUUUCUGCCAACUGCCUACAUGUGGAAUCAACAGGACAAACCGAGUGUCAAACUAUCAAAUCCUGAUGCACCUGCUCCAUUUUCUGCCAUUAGUAGCUCAGCCCCUGAUUCGCCACCAGAUGACGCUCCAUAUCAUUCCGUGCCAAAUAUUGGAGAAAAUGGAAAGGUGGCUUGGGCUGAUGAUGUAGAACACAGAGAGGCCAGUGAAGUCGAUAGCUCGGAGUCUGACGAGACAGUCAUUGAAGAUGGAGUCACAGUCACAGAUGCAGCCCCAAGUCCUUCAAAUGAUGAUGCAUGUGCUGUUAUUGAUGUCCCCGCUACUCCUGCCCUUGCCUCUCCCGAAAUAAACUCUGAAGGAAGGGAAACCUCUUCAGCACGUUCUGAGAGAAAGUUAAUGCAAGUUCCAACUAUUAAUGUCAUUGAAACUGACGAACCAAACUACAGUGACGAGGAAAUGGAGUUUGAAGAUGACUAUGACGUCGCAAAAGAUGCCACGAACAAACCAGAUCAAGAGGUUGUGCCAAGUGAACCACGGCAAACACAUCCUGUGGAAAUGGAAAUUAUUGAAGGCUACUCCCCUCCUUCGUCCCCAGUAGACUCUGAUGAAGAGUAUUAUCCCCAACAAAGCUCACAUAAAUUGCUGUCUGAAAGGGUACGUCAAGAGUCUGCAGAAAACUUGGACACGUCUGAGUUUGACCAGUCACGAGCGGAUGAAGAUCAGAGUGUAACUUUGUUCACAUCCAAAGAUAAACAAGUGGGCUUCCAUGACAACGACAGUUGGUCUGAUGAACCUCAAGACCUUCUGCGUGAACAAUUUGAGACUAAUGUUGCGACUGAAGACUCUGCCAAUGUUCAAAAUACACAGUCUAUGACUGUUUCAAAAAUCAACUUCUUGCAAGAUGACUCGUAUGACAGGGAGUCAUUUGAUUGUGACUACGAGCCCUCUUCUCGCUUUGACAUUGAAGAGAAGGCCCCAAAGAAUGUAAAGGAAUACUUUCUUUCAGAUGCUGUGCAAACAUGUAAUGACAAGAAGGAAGUCCCUGAUGCACACCAUGCUUUUGUCAGUAGGAGUGCAAUGGAUUCAGAUGCUCAACAGGCUUCAAGUGAUUUCCCUCCAAAUCCAUACUCUUUAUGUCAAAAAGAGCAGUUUAGUAGCAUUCAUGCAGAGUGCUAUCCUGGUCAACUGGACUCUGAAAUGGAUCAGGAAGAACGUGAUGGAACUGACAUCAGUGCAGAUGACAUUGUCUCCGAGCCUUCGGACAGCUUUGUUGACUUCAUGAGAGAGUGCCUGAAAUCUAAUCAGGAUGGCAAACCGGGAAAUGACUUUAUUUGUUCUGAAAAUGAGUCUGGCAGCAUGGUUGGUUCUUCCCAGGCACCCCAAGUCUUGGCGAUCGACCUUGAACAUGAGCGGCUAACUAUCAGUGCUCUGAAGGAGCUGGGAAAUGUUCAAGAGGUGGAAGAGAAGGAUGAAGUAGCUCUUCAGACUGCCGUUUCUACACUGGGGAAAUCUGGGCAUGAUGUCCAAUUUGCACAGCCUUCUCCCCCUUAUCCUGAACCUUUCCAAGAAAAACCUGGGUUUGAUUCUGCUAGUUCCAAAGAUGCAGAUACCAUUGAUGUCUGGGUGGCCGAGGCCUACCAUCUUGCAGAGCAUGUCUUGACAGCAAUACUAACCCACCUAUCAGGUAAUGCCUCUUUUUGUUAGCCCACUAAUGAUGACUUUUUUUUUUUACCUGCAACAAAAUGUUUUUCCACAUUUGCAUUGAUAUGGCAUGCUACCAAACUCUACCAUGAAUUCUGCACUUAUUGAUGAACUUCUGAAAACUGGAUGAAAACUUUUGACCUAUGUCAUAACUAUUUCCCCUUCUGUUUUUAGGAUGGAAUAUUAGGACUAUGGUGUAUUUUUGGAAAUAUCCCAAUAUCCGGCUUCCUACUUUAUCAGUGUACUUCUCUGUGGGUGCAAAUUGCACAGAAUGUGAACUGACUGGACCUUGAAUAUGAUACAAUACGUCUUUGUGUUACGUCUAACCCUCUAUAUUCCACUAAUGGAAAGUGUCUGACACCCUGACAACCGUAGUUAAGCUCGUGUUGCCCACAAAUUCUGAGCAUUAGGACAGGUAUCUUGUAUCUGGCUGACUGGCAGAAAACAAGUACAGAUAACUGAGCUGGGAUGGACUGGCCACAUCGUCCAGGAAAAAUACCUUUUCAGUGCUUGACUUCAUGACUUCUGACAGUUCAUUGACCUUUGCAGCACGACAGUUGUCCAUUGACACAUAACAGCCCUGCAUUUAAAUAUGGCGCCCCAGCGUUGCUUUGCAGCUACUUCAAAAGUUAAGCUCUGCAGUGGAUCACCACUGGUGUUUGGUUUCUGUUGCAAGUAAACUGCAAGAGAGUAAGGGAAGUCACCAAAGAGAUCAGCUACUAAUUCAGAUUUGGAAAUGUAGCUGUUUUUUUUUUUUUAUCCUGUUCGCAAUUUGAUAUGACUUGCCCACACAUGAAAGGCUCUGGCAUUUGCACAGUAAUCCUGACACAGCCACUGGUAUGUGUCCAUGUUCUAUAUACAUACAUGCACAGCUGCGGAGCACACGACUGUUUGUAAGCAAAUGAUGGCAUUCUACCAUAUUUGCUUCACAAUAGCCAAUUGAAUAUAUGUUUUGUAUGUCUGUGGUUUUUCAUUAUAUUAUAUUAGUAGCACGUAGCAUACACCUGUCGUGUUUUCCAUCCGAAUAGACUUACUGCUGCUCAUCUAUCCUCUGGCCACUUGACACUUCUGUUUUAGUCCCUUACAACCAACUCUUUUUUUUUUCAUUUAUGAUAUACCACCUAGUAAGGAUGACAUUGUGGCCUCUUCUUGUGUGUCACAAAUAAAUUUGCUGCUCGAUUGCUUGCUAUUCACAUUAGUGUGUGUCGCUUCACAAGACAAGUUUGACUAUGACGACUACUAACUGGCACACUUUGACCUCUACUACUCGCAAUACACCUGCCAUGCUAGCUUUGUCCAAUCCGGAUUUACUUGUAUAGCUGGCUGAAAAAGGUAUUUGGACAGACCUUGUCACUGUAGUUUGAUUUUAAAAGUUUUUAAGUAUGUUUAUGUGAUGUUGCUGGAGCCUUCUUUCCCUGCAGUGCAUCCAUGUUUUAAAAAUGAACACGUGCUAGAUGAGUUUGAAUUAUUAAAUAAGAAUUUGUACCAUUGUUAGAGAUGCAAGACUGCCUGCAUCAGCUACAAUGAUGCAGUUGUGCAAAUUUGCCACCUGGCCAUGACGAUAGGCUUUUGUGCUUUAGCUAUGAAAUAUCUUUUAAAAUAUUUUGGGUGGGCUUUAUCAACAUUUACUUGAGCACCAUAUAAUUUAUUUUAAAAUCUUGAAUUCUGAUUUAAGAAACUAGUAUUGCGAUGGAGACAUUGGUUAAUCUGUCUGACUUCCUUUUUCAUUUGUCAUGAGUUCCCGGUUCCAUAUUCAUUUACAAAAGUCAGUUGCUGUAUUACAGCACUUCAGUCAAGUGAGUCAUGUGAGACUAUUCUGCUUUAGUGUUAGAACCAACUAAUAUUUGGACAACAUACUAACUGAAAACAUCUAUUGGUCUGAAAUGGCCAGAUUCUUGUAAAUUCCAUUAAAGCAAUGUGAGCCCGGAAGUUGCUCGUAUUGCUGCUGUUUCAUCAGACGAAGUGUAGCGGGCUGCCGUGAAAUACAAAAUAAAGUCUUGUUUCUGCUGCAUACAAGUGACCUCAGUCACGUUUGCAUUUGUCCCUUUUCAAUAAGCCAUUAAAAGGUUUGGUCCACUAAAGUCCUGUUCAAAUGACUCUCAAUGAAAGCAAAGAGUCCUGACUCAACUGAUAUAUGUUUGCUUCAUCAGAGUGCUACUGUUUACCUUUUGAUUUCUUUACGUUCUUCGCAUAUGUUUUCUCAAAAAACAAAAGAUUUAUAUAACUGAAAUUGUGGUUUUAUAACGUAUUUAUAUUUUAGCCAUAUCGCUCACCCUUAGCUUAAAGUGACAGACAUUAUUGGGGGGAUGCCAAGCUUUAAAUUCCACAUGUCCCGGUUAGUUUUAAUGUCACAAAGUCAUAGUGCAGGUCUUUCGUGUUGCUCAAGUUGAGUUUUCAGCUGUGAAGAAAUGGUGCGGUGUGCCUGUCACAAAGCUCAUUCUGUUAAGCUUUUCUGGAAACGCUGAAUUAUCUACUGUAAUACACAGUAUGUGUGUUUGUGUCGUGUGUUCUCAUUAAACUUCCACGCCACUGAGGCCAGAACGUCCCUGAGGCACCAGCCCACGUGGCCUCACCACCACUUACACAAGCUUGCUUUUUUUUUUUUUUUUAAAUACCCCCUCUCUCCUCACUGGGAGAGGGAGAGAGAGGAGUGGCGUUUUGAGGGUGCCAACCCUUUUCCAGCAUUACAUAAUCACCUUGUAUAGAGGCCAUCACUUCUGCAUGCACGACUCUUCACAGGACGUGCACACAAACAUGAAAGUAGCUUCUCUAGCAGCGUGCCUGCUCGUUUAUUCUCUGAUGGAUAUGCCAAAGGACAUUAUCCUUUCUCAUGUUAGAUUGGAUGGGAGAGAAGCUUCUUUAAGCUCCCUGGGAUAUUUAGCUGUGGAUCACACUCAUAAAAUGUUUCAUCACAAGUUGGUUGUUUUCAUAUUACAAGCCUGGUUUUGACAAACAAACUUGACAAGCCUGUUUAACUAAAUAUGUACCAUUUGUUUCAUGCCAUUAUCGAAGCAACGCUUGUCACGUAACGCAUGAUCAAAGAAACAUUUUGAAACGACUACUUUUUAAGCUCUCAUUGGUUACAAACAGAUGUGUUGUUGUAUGAAUAAAUGUAAAGAAGUUUGACAAACAGCAGUAUCAUAA